CAGUAUGUAGUAACGUUAUACAUAGUGUUCAACAGCACAUUCCUGGUAACCUCAGGAAGGUCCAGGAAAGCAAACUGCUUAUAAUCUUUAGCAAAAUCAAUGUAGGAGUGUUUAGGGAAAUUCUUAGGGCAGUGAGGAGUCUUACCAUCAGUACAUAGGCAUAGUACAGCUUACAGCACUUGGGGGCGGGUUCCUGUCGCCCCUUGUGUCCCCUGAGAGCCGCUUCACAAAGCUGACCUCAGCUGUCUGCAUCUGAACGCCGGGAGGGGAGCUUAUUAACACGCUCGUUGCCGGCCCCGCCCCGCCCCAGUCCGCCUGCAGCACAGGUCCCCAGGAGGGAGCCUCAUAGUGACAAUCACCCCGCGAUUUCACGCUGAGGAGAUCCUGGGACCCGUGUUAAGAGGCAUCUUCCCCUUCUCUAUGGUUAGAUCCAAGGUCGGCCCAGGAACUUACAAACUGCUCAAACCAACUGAGAACCUUGGGCCUUAGAGCCUACACCCGGGAGCCAGCGGAAGCCCUUUGGCCCCGCCCGUGAGCUCCCUGCGUGGGUCCGAGGCGAAAGAGCCCCUGCCGCCGCCGGGGUGGGGACAGCGACCCGGUUCUUCUUAAAGCUUAUUUUAAAACUUUACUUUUGCCCCGGCUCGUAUCGAAAGGGUCGGCUCCUCUGUGUACGUUUGCGACGGCUGGGAAUAAAAACAUCCCCCGAAGCAUGCUCUGCCUUGGAAGGAACUCUUCUAAUAAAAGCUGGAUCUGUUCGAUGCGCUGGAUUCUGAUUCUGGUAAUUCGUGCACGGGGUGUCUAUUUCGAGGCAGCCGGCGGAGGUAUCAUAUGACAGCGCGCGUCAGGGCACCGCGGGCCCUCUCGCGGACUCCCACCCACUUCCCAUUCUCCGCCGCCAGCGCGCGCCCGCCCCCCGCGGGUUGCCUGAGACCUCCCUGCCUCGGCCGCGCUGGCUCAGAGGGAGCUCCGCGCCGGAGGGGUGCGGGCGUCGCCUCCGCCAUGCGAUUUCCAGCGUCAGUAAUUUAACUUCGCCGCGCAGCAGCCGGGGAGCGCCGGGCGGCUCCGGAGCCCCUGCCCCGCUUUUCUUCUGAGCUGAAGGGGAGUUCCACCAGGUGAGAAGAGGGAUGACCAUCCUUUUCCUUACUAUGGUUAUUUCGUACUUCGGUUGCAUGAAGGCCGCCCCCAUGAAAGAAGCCAGUGUCCGAGGCCCAGGCAGCUUGGCCUACCCCGGAGUGCGGACCCACGGGGCCCUGGACAGCGUGACCGGGCCCAAGGUGGGUGCGCGGGGCCUGGCGGCGUCUUCAUCGUCUUCGUCGCUGGCUGACACUUUUGAGCACGUGAUCGAGGAGCUGCUGGAGGAGGACCAGAAAGUCAGGCCCCAUGAAGAGAAUGCGAAGGACGCGGACUUGUACACGUCCCGGGUGAUGCUGAGCAGCCAGGUGCCUUUGGAGCCGCCCCUCCUCUUUCUGCUCGAGGAAUACAAAAAUUACCUGGACGCUGCCAACAUGUCCAUGCGGGUCCGGCGCCACUCCGACCCGGCCCGCCGUGGGGAGCUGAGCGUGUGCGACAGCAUCAGUGAGUGGGUCACCGCCGCGGAUAAAAAGACUGCAGUGGACAUGUCUGGCGGGACGGUCACCGUCCUGGAGAAGGUCCCCGUGUCCAAAGGCCAACUGAAGCAGUACUUCUACGAGACCAAGUGCAACCCCAUGGGCUACACCAAGGAGGGCUGCAGAGGCAUAGACAAGAGGCACUGGAACUCGCAGUGCCGAACUACCCAGUCCUACGUGCGGGCCCUCACCAUGGAUAGCAAAAAGAGAAUUGGCUGGCGGUUCAUAAGGAUAGACACUUCCUGUGUAUGUACACUGACCAUUAAGAGAGGAAGAUAGUGGCUCUAUGUUGCAUAGAUUAUAUUGAGACAAAAAUUAUCUAUUUGUAUAUAUACAUAACAGGGUAAAUUAUUCAGUUAAGAAAAAAUAACUUUAUGAACUGCAUGUAUAAAUGAAGUUUAUACAGUACAGUGGUUCUACAAUCUAUUUAUUGGACAAUCCAUGACCAGAAGGGAAACAGUCAUUUGCGCACAACUUUAAACAAAAGUCUGCAUUACAUUCCUCGAUAAUGUUGUGGUUUGUUGCCGUUGCCAAGAAUUGAAAACAUAAAAAGUUUUAAAAAAUGCUAAUAAAUUGCAUGCUGCUUUAAUUGUGAAUUGAUAAUAAACUGUCCUCUUUCAGAAAACAGACAAAAAAAAAGACAAAAACAAAAAUUUGAACGAAACAUUCCGUUUACAUUUUAGACAGCCAGUAUCCUCGUUCUGUUAGUACUCUUGUCUGUUUUACUGCUUUUAACUUCUGAUAGCAUUGGAAUUAAAACAGUGUGAAGGUGCUGUUGUCCUUGCUUUACUGGCCUAGGGGACGGGGCGGGAGGGGAAC